AACAAACAAUGAUCAAUUGGUAUAAUCAACAAUUGUAGUGGUGGAAAAUACAAAAUACAUGACAAGAAUUCUAUGCCAUCAACAAUUGAUUAUGAUGAAUAAUAAUAAAGUGAUUAAAACUUAUAGUGAAGAAUCUGUUAAACCAUAUCGAUGGAAAUGGAACUGGUGGUUUGUCAUAUCGUUGACUAUUGGUCAUAUUGGUGCAUUGAUUGGCAUCUAUUUAGCUAUUAUGUAUGCUCAAAUUAAAACCCUUGUUUUUUAUUUUAUUCUCAUACAAUUUGGCGCCACUGGUAUUAUUUGUGGUGCCCAUCGACUUUGGACACAUCGUGCAUAUCGAGCACAUUUUUUGUUACGAAUUUUUCUUAUGAUUUGUCAAACAUUAGCAUUACAGCUUAGUAUUCUUCAAUGGUGUUUAUUUCAUCGUGUUCAUCAUAAAUAUUCUGAUACUGAUGCUGAUCCACAUAAUGCUAAACGUGGAUUUUUCUAUUCACAUAUGGGAUGGAUAUUUACCGAUCGUCAUCCAGAAUAUUUGGAGAAAAGUCAAAAAAUUGAUAUUACUGAUUUAGAAAAUGACGCAGUUGUUUGGUUUCAACAUCGAUUCUAUGUUCCAUUGGUUUUGCUUAUAACAUUUAUGAUUCCAACAUUUGUGCCAUGUUUUUUAUGGAAUGAAUCAUUUAUAAAUGCAACAUGCCUGAAUCUGUUUCGAAUAGCAUUAUCAUUACAUCAAACUGCAUUGGUCAAUUCAGCUGCACAUAUUUGGGGUAGUAAACCAUAUGAUGAACGUAUCAAACCAACUGAAAAUCGAUUCACUACAUAUGUUACAAUGGGUGAAGCAUAUCAUAAUUAUCAUCAUGCAUUUCCUUGGGAUUAUUCUGCAUCAGAAUUUCGUUGGGAUGUUAAUUAUAAUCCAAUGACAGCAUUUAUUGAUCUAUGUGCAUGGUUAAAUUUAGCAUGGGAUCGUAAAAAAGUUGAUAGAAAAAUGAUUGAAGAACGAUUACGUAAAUAUGGAAAUCAACAAUUAAUGAAUGUAUUUGAUCGUCAACCAAAAAAUUUACUACUCGAUACAUUAUUUGGUUUGUUGACAUUAUUCUGGGCCUUAUGGGUGUUAUUGGCAUUACGAUUUUUAAUUCAUUCAUCUUUUAUGAUUCAAAUAAUCAAUUGAUCAUCAUUUAACAACUACAACAUUUUCUUAUGCGAUGGGGGGAAGGGGGAAGAUAAAUAAUUUUUUUAUUGCUUAAUAUUUGUUGAUCCAUUUGUUUUUUUUUUUUUUUUUGAUUAUUGCAUUUUUUCAUUUUAUGGUUACUAAUAACAAUGUCAAAAAAUUAUGUGGAUAAAUUUCAAGAUCAUCAUCAUCAUUUUUAUUAUUAUGACUUUGACUAUAGUAGUGUUAGCUUAAUAAAAUAAAUGCCAAGAAUCUGAUAAUAAUGAUAUCCAGGAUAUUUUGAUGAGAAUUUUAGAAAUUUUUUUGUCGCCAUGUAAUCAACAUCAGAGACAUUUAUACUAACUUGUUGCAUACUACGAUAGUUUUUGUACUUUGUGUGUAUGGAUGAUAGUUUUGUUGAAUUGUUUGAUCAUAAUCAUGUAAAUCAUCUUUGGAUAAAUGAAUCCAACCUAUGGGCCGGAACCGAAUGAUGAUGAUAAUAAUGUGUUCAAAAAAAAAAUGUAGACAGCAACAACAAGUGCGAAUAACAUCGGAUCAUUGGAUUUAUUCGCUUUUUUUAUGAAUGAAAACCUGAGUCAUUUUUAUUUUCAUCUUCAUCACCACCAUCAUCAUCAUCAUCAUUGAUCGGUCUAUCGGUUGAUAGGUCUUUUAUAUGUAUUCGCGUGUAUGUGUGUGUGUUGUUAAGUUCGUUCGGGUUCGCCAACCACCACCACCACCAUUUCAA